GCGGGCCCACUCCUGCUGCCCGGGCCCGGCCCGCUCAUGGCGGCCAUCCGCAAGAAGCUGGUGGUGGUGGGCGACGGCGCGUGCGGCAAGACGUGCCUGCUGAUCGUGUUCAGUAAGGACGAGUUCCCCGAGGUGUACGUGCCCACCGUCUUCGAGAACUAUGUGGCCGACAUCGAGGUGGACGGCAAGCAGGUGGAGCUGGCGCUGUGGGACACGGCGGGCCAGGAGGACUACGACCGCUUGCGGCCUCUCUCCUACCCGGACACCGACGUCAUCCUCAUGUGUUUCUCGGUGGACAGCCCGGACUCGCUGGAGAACAUCCCCGAGAAGUGGGUGCCCGAGGUGAAGCACUUCUGUCCCAACGUGCCCAUCAUCCUGGUAGCCAACAAGAAAGACCUGCGCAGCGACGAGCACGUCCGCACAGAGCUGGCCCGCAUGAAGCAGGAGCCGGUGCGCACGGAUGACGGCCGCGCCAUGGCCGUGCGCAUCCAAGCCUACGACUACCUCGAGUGCUCGGCCAAGACCAAGGAGGGCGUGCGCGAGGUCUUCGAGACGGCCACGCGCGCCGCGCUGCAGAAGCGCUACGGCUCCCAGAACGGCUGCAUCAACUGCUGCAAGGUGCUAUGAGGACCGUGCCCGCCCUUUUCGCCCCUGCCAGCGUGGCUCCCCCCUCCCUGACGGUCCCCCACGAGCUGGGAGAAGGGGAGACCCACGCCCCCAAGGGCCCCACUGGACUGCUUGAUGUCUGCUGGCGGUCACGCCUGGAAUUGGCGUGGGUGGGCACCGGGCACGCCCCCCUUCCCAGUGUCUAUGUGCGUCAAGCUGUGUGACAUAGGCCUGGGUGCCCUGCUGAGUGCCAAGGGGUCCCUGAGCAUCCUUUGCUAAGGAGCCAGGCCUCAAGAGUGUGGCUGUGUGUAUGUACGACUCCCCUCCGACCCAUUCUUGCCCCACCUCCGCCUCUAGUUUUCCUCCACGGGCACGCAGAGCUCCGGAGUGUGGUCGCGCCCCAUCAGAUGUUCGCCCUUAACCAGCAAGCCUGUGCUGUCCCUUGUCUGUAACAUAGACCCCCUGGAACUAAGGGAGGGGAGGGCUGGGGAGGAUGGGAGGUGUUAUAUAAAUAUAGAUAUAAUUUUAUUUUCCGAGGUUAAGAUGGUGUUAUUUAAUAGUGGUGGUGAGUGAUCAGGGCUCUAGAACAGCCUCUUCCAAGGCUGGAUCAGGUGCCCACCCACCCAAGCAUGAACUGGACUUGGCCAUCUUUCUAAACCCGGGGGAAGACAUUUGCAACUGACUGAGAGGAAGCAGCUUCCAGACUACAGCGUCUCCUGUGGCCAGCCUCCAACGAAUCCUUCACCAGCUACCGGCCAGAGGAAGGGAGGGUGUGCUGUGGGGUCUUUUUGCCAUAAGCGAACUUUGUGCCUGUCCUACACGUGAAAAUUGUUCGGUCCAAGAAACUGUUGUCAUUGGAUUUAUUUAAAGGCUAAAACUUUUGUUGGAAGAAUUCUUUGCACAGUUGUUUCAUUGUUUGAUACUCAAUAUGCACUUGUCAUUUGCCUAGGGCAGCAUUCUGACCACACCGUAUGCUGUAACCUCAUCUACUCAUGUUUUUUUAAAACAGCGAUGACUCUUAAAAUCAGAUUGGGAAAAACCACCCACUAAUUUCGCUUUGUUUUCUUGAAAGAAAGUGGCAGCAUUCUUGGGUGAUUUCUUUCUUUCUUACUACUAUUAUUAUUUUUUUGCUUUGCACACUGUUUUGAUAAAGGAAGGCAACAAAUAUUGGGGUCUGUUUAAAACUUUUCCCCCACAUGGCAUCCUCUACAGCUCUGUGAACUUUUCUCUGCAUCUUUGCACAGAGAAUAAGCCUCCCCGACUAUUUCCUUUUCCCCCUUCCCAGGCUGGUGGUACUUCUACUAAAUUGUUUUGUUUUUAAUUUUAUUUUAUUUUUUAAAUAAACUGACAAAUGACAAAGUGGUGAGCUUAUGAUGUUUACAUAAAAGUUCUAUAAGCUGUGUAUACAGUUUUUUAUGUAAAAUAUUAAAAGACUAUGAUGACAUUUA